CAGCAGAGACAGGGAAAAGCGCGCGGGCGUUACCAUGAGCACGAGCCUCACCGCCCCGGCGCUUCACGCCGCACGCGUCCGUGUCCGCUUGGCGCGCGUGCAGCGCGAAACGGUUCUUCGCUGAAGCGCGAGCAGCAGCGAUGCCCGGCGGAAAGAGAGGACUCGUGGCGCCGCAGAACACUUUCCUGGAGAACAUCGUCCGGCGCUCGAGCGAGACUAGUUUUCUGCUGGGGAACGCUCAGAUCGUGGAGUGGCCCGUGGUCUACAGUAAUGACGGCUUCUGCAAGCUGUCAGGAUAUCACAGAGCAGAGGUCAUGCAGAAGAGCAGCACGUGCAGUUUUAUGUACGGCGAGCUGACGGAUAAGAGGACCAUAGAGAAAGUGAGACAGACCUUCGACAACUAUGAGUCCAACUGCUUUGAAGUUCUGCUUUACAAAAAGAAUAGAACGCCGGUGUGGUUCUACAUGCAGAUUGCACCAAUCAGGAACGAGAAUGACAAGGUGGUGCUCUUCCUGUGCACCUUUAAAGACAUCACUGCGUUUAAGCAGCCUAUUGAGGAUGAGAGCACCAGAGGCUGGGGGAAGUUCGCCAGGCUCACUCGUGCUCUGACCAACAGCCGGAGCACCAACCAGCAGCUGACACCUAUGAGCAAGCCUGACGUCACCUCCCACAAAACCUCCCGACUCGCAGAGAAUCCUAUAUGCUCUCAGGUGCUUCAGCUUGGCUCUGAAAUCCUGCCCCAGUACAAGCAGGAAGCUCCUAAGACACCGCCUCACAUCAUCCUCCACUACUGUACCUUCAAGACCACGUGGGACUGGGUGAUCCUCAUCCUCACCUUCUACACGGCCAUCAUGGUGCCCUACAACGUCUCCUUCAAGACCAAGCAGAACAACGUCACCUGGCUGGUGCUGGACAGCGUCGUGGACGUCAUCUUCCUGGUGGACAUCGUGCUCAACUUCCACACCACUUUUGUCGGCCCAGGAGGCGAGGUCAUCUCCGAUCCCAAGCUGAUCCGGAUGAACUAUCUCAAGACCUGGUUUGUGAUAGACCUGCUCUCCUGCCUGCCUUACGACAUCAUCAAUGCUUUCGAGAACGUGGAUGAGGGCAUCAGCAGUUUGUUCAGCUCACUAAAGGUGGUGCGUCUGCUCCGUUUGGGUCGCGUGGCUCGAAAGCUGGACCACUAUCUGGAAUAUGGUGCGGCCGUGCUGGUCCUGCUGGUGUGUGUGUUCGGGAUGGUGGCCCACUGGCUCGCCUGUAUCUGGUACAGCAUUGGAGAUUACGAGGUCAUCGACAAGCUCACUAACACCAUCAAGACGGACAGCUGGCUCUACCAGUUAGCCGCCACCACCGGCUCUCCGUACCGCUACAACGUCAGCGGCUCUGGCCAGUGGGAGGGCGGCCCUGGGAAACACACGCUCUACAUCACGUCCCUGUACUUCACCAUGACGAGUCUGACGACCAUCGGAUUCGGGAACAUCGCUCCCACCACUGACGGCGAGAAGAUCUUCUCCGUGGCCAUGAUGAUGGGAGGAUCUCUUCUCUAUGCUACGAUCUUCGGAAACGUCACCACCAUCUUCCAGCAGAUGUACGCCAACACCAACCGCUACCACGAGAUGCUGAACAACGUGAGGGACUUCCUGAAGCUUUACCAGGUGCCCAAAGGCCUGAGCGAGCGGGUGAUGGACUACAUCGUCUCCACGUGGUCCAUGACCAAAGGCAUAGACUCCGAAAAGGUGCUGUCUAUCUGUCCCAAGGACAUGCGUGCGGACAUCUGCGUCCACUUGAACAGGAAUGUUUUUAACGAGCACCCUGCGUUCCGAUUGGCCAGCGACGGCUGCCUGCGCUCGCUAGCCGUGGAGUUCCAGACCAUCCACUCGGCUCCCGGGGACCUGAUAUUCCACGCCGGGGAAAGCGUCGACACGCUGUGCUUCGUAGUGUCCGGGUCGCUCGAGGUCAUCCAGGACGACGAGGUCAUCGCCAUACUAGGUAAAGGUGACGUGUUUGGGGAUGUGUUCUGGAAAGAGACGACCCUCGCUCACUCGUGCGCUAAUGUCCGAGCACUAACCUACUGCGAUCUGCACAUCAUUCACAGAGACGCUCUGCGGAAAGUGCUCGACUUCUACACGGCGUUCGCCAACUCCUUCUCUCGCAAUCUCAUCCUCACCUGCAACCUGCGCAAACGGGUUGUCUUCCGGAAGAUCAGCGAUGUAAAGAAGGAGGAGGAGGAACGUCAGCGCUCGAAGAACGAGGUUCCGCUGACAAUCCCCGUUGACCAUCCGGUCCGAAAACUCUUGCAGAAAUUUAAACAGCAGAAGGAGCUCCGCAACCAGGAGGCCGCAGUCCAGACUGAUGUGGAGAAAAACCAGCAGCAGUUUCACACGCACGGCUUCCAGCUACGUUCACACACUCGGCUCCAACAAACACAAACAUCCGUCCCACAGAGCACGCUGCACACGGUGCAGAACGGCAGAUCUAACAUAGGCUCCUGUAGCAGCGUGGUCACCAUCUCGCAGAUCACACCCAUCCAGAACUCUCUGUCCUUCUCCAGACCUGGUGACACGCUCAAACAAAACAACUGCGAUGUCAUGGAACUGAAGCCCGCUGGAGAUCAUGAUCCGAGCGCGACCCGCACGAAGCUGAGCAACGCAACGCUCACCAAACCGCUCGCAACCGGUCGUGGGUGGAUGCGGCUGAAAAACAACAUGGGCGUCCCAGAUUCUCCGCCACCGGAGAGCCGCAAAGAAGGGCUGAACAAUGUGAAGAAAGCGGCGUCUAUAGAACAUCUCUCGCCCGAGGUCAGAGUGCAGAUCGAAGGCGUCGUGGACACCACCGGGUCCAGAAAGAACUCGCUCCGUAAAACAGACUCAUGGGAUAGCGGGUUGACACAAAGCGAUCAGAGGCUAGAUAACGUGGAAGAAGUGCAGAGUCCCAUAGCGGGCGAUAGCAGCUGUGGUGGAGGAGAAGGACUACCGAGGGACAUGUUCACCACACACCACGAUCUCUCCGUUCAAACCAUGCUUCAGGAGACAAGGCUGGAACUACGGGGCGAGAUCCAGGCUUUGGGGUCCAGGAUGGCCGUUUUGGAGGAACAAGUAGGCCAGAUUCUCAGACUGCUCUCAGAACAGAAUGAUCAGACACGUACACCUCAAUUGCACAGACCCAACUCCAGACCAGGAGAACUUUUCACCGCCUCUACACCGGGGAGUCCUGAUUUAGACGAUGACGACGUAGCGAUCUGAAACAAAGCAAAAAUCAAUCCUGAACCAAUACGUUCCAAAGCCCUGGUCUGGAGGUGAACGAGUCAGGGUUUUUCUGGGGAGACCCCAAAAAGUGUUGAGACCCGAACGGGUUCUAACGUGAGCACUCGACGACGGUUAGAUUGGACAGAAGGAGCACUGUGUACACUUUGUUAGACAACCUUGCACAACAUGUACUCUGUAAGACGGAGACCGAGAAACUACUGAGAAGCUAUUUUCUGAUUUAUUUCUUUUUUAUUCUGCAUGUGCAGCUGGGUUCUGGUUUGCCAAAGACAAAAAGCCUAUCAAACGUUGAUGAUAUUUGUUACGACGUUAUACAGUACAUGCUUGUAUAUUAUGCAGAUGACUGCAUGUGGUUUGCUUAUUCACUCCGAUUGUCUGGAUGAUAUUUAUUCAGAAUGUUGAG